GCUAUAUGUACCUUACCGUCCUACUAUUUAUAGCAAUAUUUUUAGUGUUCAUCAUAGUUGUAGGAUUCGCAGCUGGUUAUGUAUACAGCGUAAAAAAGAACAAAGAGGAAAUGAACAGAUUGAUGGAUUCACAGCAGGCAAAGCAAAUGGGACUAGACAAUGCUUUGAAAGAUCAUUUGAAGAACAAAGAUGCUGAGAUUGAUAACAGCUUCUAUGGCGGACCGAUAAACAAUGUCUAUGAGAAGGUUGGUGCUGUGGAUGAAAACACGAAUGGAGGACCGGGAGGGAGUGGAAAUGGUGCGGGCCAGCAAGGCAACAAACCAGAAAAGAAAAAGGGUGAUGACAAUGGUCAACCCAAAAAGCAGGGCAGCGAA